UUUAAAAAAGCCAGAUAGUUUGCCUGUUGAAUAUUGAUGACUUGGAGCACCGAGAGGCUCCGCCCUCCCAGACAGCUCAGUGAUCUCCUAUUAGCGCGCUGUCCGUGAUGGUGAAAGCUGUUCUGAAAGUCACUCACUAAAUUCUCUACUAUUUGGAUUACAAAUUGGGAUUAUGAUUUUCUUUCCUCACAGGACAACAACUAACGACCAAACGACGUAGGAUUACAAUUAUUGCUGAAAAAUGGAAUUAUCCAAUGUCAAUUUGUGAGGAAUGAUGUGCAACACAGCGUGAGGAGAGGACCAGGCUACAUUCAGUGUCUUGUUGGAUGGCUGGAGCCCCCUGGUCAGCAGAACCUUAGGAGUCAGCAUGGCAAAGAUCUGCACAGACCAGUCCUACCCGGCAACGACCCGGCAACGGCCAUCUCUCUGCACGCCAAAUGACAAUCUGGACUCCAUUGAGAACGGAACCCCAAGGUCCAACUCGGAGGACACCUCGUCAGAGAUUCAGAGUUCUGGCUCCGUGUCAACCAUCAGACACCCAGAGUCUCACAGAGACACAGGGUCAGGAGCCCUGGCCAGGAUGCACCGCGAGGUGGAGAGACCGGACUCCUUCCUGGAGCGCUUCAGGACCCCUGAGCUCAAAGAGGCCUCCAGCAGAGAGAGCAACACACGGUCACUGGGAUACCCUAUAGACAGAGUCCACAAGAGGAACAAAAAAGAUGACAAGAAGGACGAAAUAAAGAAAGAGGAAAAAAAACAGGAAGCGCAAGAAGAUGAGAAGAAAGAGGAGGAGAAAGAGGAGAAGAAAGAGGAGGAGAAGGAGGAGAAGAAAGAGGAGGAGCCUAAGAAGGAGGAGCCUAAGAAGGAGGAGCCUAAGAAGGAGGAGAAGAAGAAGGAGGAGCCCCCGAAAGAGAUUUGGAUCAUGGACCCAUCAACAGACAAAUACUACACAUGGCUCACCAUCAUAGCAGCACCAUGUUUCUACAACCUGAUGAUGCUUGUGACCAGGGCAUGUUUUAACGAACUCCAGAACACUUACACAAUGCUGUGGAUUGUCCUGGACUACACCUCAGACUUAGUUUACUACGCAGACACAUUCGUCAGGUCUAGAACAGGUUAUUUGGAACAGGGGCUGCUUGUGAAAGACAAACAAAAGCUUCUAGACAAAUACAGACAAACGGAACAGUUCAAAUGGGACAUAAUUUCAAUGAUACCCACAGACCUGCUUUUUCUGAAAGUGGGCAUCAACAACCCCGAGUUCAGACUGAACCGGCUUGCAAAGAUGAACCGCCUCUUUGAGUACUUUGACCGCACAGAAACCAGAACCAGCUUCCCCAACGUUUUCCGAAUCAGCAACCUGGUACUUUACAUCCUGAUCAUCAUCCACUGGAACGCCUGCAUCUUCUUCGCCAUCUCCAAGAUCAUCGGGUUUGGGUCCGACACCUGGGUGUACCCAAACAUCAGCCACCCUGAGCACGGCCGCCUUUCCAGAAAGUACAUCUACUGUCUCUAUUGGUCGACCCUGACCCUGACCACCAUCGGAGAAACCCCGCCCCCCGUCAGGGACUUUGAGUACCUCUUCGUGGUCGCCGACUUCCUCAUCGGUGUGCUGAUUUUCGCCACCAUUGUCGGUAAUGUUGGCGCCAUGAUCUCCAACAUGAACAAAAACCGUGCGGACUUCCAGGCUAAGAUCGACUCCAUCAAGCAAUACAUGCAGUUCCGUAAGGUCUCCAAGGAUCUGGAGGCCAGGGUCAUCAAGUGGUUCGACUACCUCUGGACGGAGAAGAAGACCUGCGAUGAGAAGGAGGUGCUGAAGAACCUGCCGGACAAGCUAAAGGCCGAGAUUGCCAUUGACGUCCAUCUGGAUACCCUGAAGAAAGUGAAAAUCUUCCAGGAAUGCGAGGCUGGGCUGCUUAUUGAGUUGGUGAUGAAGCUGCAGCCUCAGGUGUUCUCCCCAGGAGAUUACAUCUGUAAGAAGGGAGACAUCGGCAGAGAGAUGUACAUCAUUAAGGAAGGGAAGCUCGCUGUGGUUGCGGAAGACGGGGUGACACAGUGGUGUGUGCUCAGCGACGGAGCGUACUUUGGAGAUAUCAGUAUCCUAGGCAUCAAGGGUUCCAAAGCUGGUAACAGGAGAACGGCCAACAUCAGGAGCGUGGGUUACUCUGACCUCUUCGCUCUGUCGAAAGAUGAUCUCAUGGAGGCUCUCACCGAGUAUCCCGAAGCCAAGAAGAUCCUGGAAGAGAAGGGAAAGGCUACGCUGAUGAAGGACAACAUGAUCGAUGAGGAAAUCGCUAAUGCAGGUGCCGACCCCAAGGACAUGGAGGAGAAGAUCCUCAGGCUGGAGAGCAAUAUGGAAAUCAUGACGUCCAAGUUGGCCAAGAUCAUGGCUGAGUUCACAUCCGGCCAGGGCAAGAUUAAACAGAGGAUCACCGACAUGGAGUCAACAGUCAAGUCAGUCCGGCCCGAGGAUAUAUCUGAGGUGGUGGCCGACAAGUAGACCAAAUAGGCACACGACACAAUGUAUUUACCCAGAGACUUAAGGAACCUUUCACACUGAGCAAUGCAGAGUAAAAGGACGAAGCCAACUCAACGCGUUUCAAUAGGGAAGGUGCGUCGGAGUGGUAGAGGUGAAGGCGUACCAGGGUGCGUGAAGUUGUACAAAACGUGGCAUUCCUCAGUUACCUUCUGUGUUGGAUGUGUUGCCAGUGUGUGUGAGCCCUUACAGUUAACACAGAGAUGUUCUUUUUGGUUUUCAAAAAACAAUACAUAAAACGGUAGAUAGUUUGAUACUUUUUGACUGUUCGUAUUUAUACAUCAUAUGUACAUUAUCAACCGCUUAUUAUGUACCUUCCUAUUGAGUAAAAAUGCACCUCUAAAUAUGUGUCAAAUGUCAAUAUGUUCAUAUCCAGUGUAUGGAUACAGUUUUCCAUAUGCAGUGACUGAGAAGUUACAGACUUGUGCGUCUCCAAAAUCAGAAUCGUGGAACUGGUUUCGAGACACUCGUUGGGGCAGUAAGAGAGCCGGGUCGAUUCAAUUCCAGUCCAUUCAGAGAUUGUACACCCACAUUUCUAUUUCAAUACUCUUCAAUGCUUUACAAUUAGUAAAAUGUUGAAUUGUAAUCGUAAUUUGGUUUACUUUCUGAAUUGAAAUGGAAUCGACCCCAACCCUGGUAAAGAGACAAACUCUUUGUACAGGACAAUUUCAUAAUAUAGCCUUUAGUGGUUUUGGAAAUGUAUUCUUUAUUUUUCAAAUGUUUUGAGUCGAGUUGAAUGAAGUGCUUCACAAAGAAUAUUAUAAUUUAGUAUUAUUGGUCAUCUGUCAAUGUGUAUGAAUGAAACAUAUUCUAAUUGAUUCUAUUUCUAUGGCGACUACAGUCCACAACAGUGUAUUUUACAACGGAGGUUAUUAUCUCAUUUGAUAACUUCUGAUUUACAAUUUAAGUUAUGUAAACUUGACCAAAACAUUAGUGUACCUCAAAUAUGCACAAAUCACAAGACCAGACUGUCAUCAAAAACGUGCAUUUGAUCUGCCGUGAUCUACAAUAUAAACAUGAAAUGUGCAAUGGUAUGUAUUAGCAAGUGUUCAAUUCCAACCAAAAGAUUAAAUGAAUAAU